AUGACAUCACAAGCUCUUGCAUCUCUUACUGCAACUUACACAGACUCGGAAGGCGAAGAAGAUAUGGAAGAUGGGCAACAAACACCCGAAAAAGAAGAACCUAAAGCUACGCAAUCUGCUCCUAAUAGCCCCAGGCAUGUCGAAGAAUUAGUUAAGCCGUCAUCGGCACCAGUUUCUCCUAAAAGAAGGUUGGUUUCUUAUAACGAUGACACUGUUGUGUCUGAUGAAGAACAGUCAUCUCCUAGCGCUGAAAAUCAAGAUGAUAUGAGAAGGUUAUCAAUGGAAACUGAUACAGAUGAAGCAGUGCAAAAAUCAGAUCCUGAUGAUUCUGAGGAUGGGGUUGUUAUACCUCCAGAACCAACUGGUAAAUGUCCAAAGGAACUACAAGAAACUAUAGCCAAGUUUUACAGUAGGAUGGUAAAUGAAGGCUUAGAUAUGAAUAAGAUAAUUCAGGAUAAAAAGAAUUUUAGGAAUCCUAGCAUAUACGAAAAACUUAUACAGUUUUGUGAUAUAAAUGAAUUGGAUACAAAUUAUCCACCUGAAAUAUAUGAUCCAUUAAAAUGGGGCAAGGAGUCUUACUAUGAUGAGUUAGCACGCAUUCAAAAAGUAGAAAUGGAUAGGCGAGAAAAGGAGAAAAAAGAAAAACUGGCUAAGAUAGACUUCAUUUCGGGCGUUGUAAAAAAAUCUGAGAGUGAUGAGGAGAAAAAACGAAAGUCUAAAUGGGACCAGGCUGCGCCAAAUGUGGCUGCAAAGCCAGCUAUCAAGCAGCCUGGAUUAGUGCAGCAGCCAUUAACAACUAAUGUCACGGACGUGGCGCAAAGUGAACCAGUGCCAUCGUCAAGUGAGAAAAUAGAAUCUGAUAUUAAAGAUGAUGCUCCUCUGGCCAAAAAGCGUAAAAUUCUAAGUGAGAGAGAGCAGUCGGAUAAACUCGAGCACAGAUUGGGAGGCAUUUUGUGCUGCGCAGUUUGCUUAGACUUGCCUCCGGGUGCCGUUUAUCAGUGUUCAAAUGGACAUCUAAUGUGUGCGCCAUGUUUUACUCAUUUGCUGGCGGAUGCUAGGCUCCGAGAUGAGGCAGCAACUUGUCCUAACUGUCGCAUAGAAAUCUCCAAGACCUCUGCAUCAAGAAAUCUGGCUGUGGAGAAGACAGUCUCCGAGUUGCCAUUAGAGUGUAGAUUUUGCACUCAUGUUUACCCACGGCAUUCAUUGCAGCACCACGAAGAAAACAUUUGCGACGAGAGGCCGUACAAGUUCACGCAAAUCGUUGUUGACGGGACGUCGGAGAGGCGUCCCGUUAUCGAGGCUAUACUCCGCAUUGCGAGCGGCCUGUACGCCCUUCUGCUGACCGCGUUCAGGAGAGCGUACUUCGUGUCGGACCCUGCGCCAUCGCACAGGCGGCGUAGGUACACCAGGCUGAUGGGGUGCAAGUACGCGUGCAUCGGCUGCCGCUGGCGCGGGCCGGCGCACGAGGCGGCCGAGCACGAGUCGCGGUGCCCGCACCCCGCCAACUCCGCCGCCGACCUGCUGGCGCUGCUCGCCGAGAAGGAGCGCGACGCGCGUCAGGCCACCGCCGUCUACGAGCAGAUCCUCGACCUGCUCUCCUACGAGAAGAUCACCUUCAACGAUUUACAGCUGAAGCCGUAUCGCACCGAGGAGUUCGUGCACAAGCUUUACUACGAGAGCUCGCGCUUCACCGCCUUCGGCCACCAGUGGGUGGUGAAGGCGUUCGUGAACAAGAACCAGCGCGACCCCACGCAGAGCGCCCAGCGCGAGAUCACCUACCAGCUGAUGCUGAAGAGCAAGACGGGCAGCCCGCUGUGCGUGCAGUGGGUGGUGGCGCGCGGGCCGUGGGGCGAGGCGCGCCUGGAGGCGCAGGUGGGCGCGCACGCGUUCCGCGACGAGGCGCCCGACGCGCCGCCGCGCGCGCUGCCGCUGCACGACCCCAGCGACGCCAACCGCCUGCUGGCCACCAAGCCGCUGCACUGCCGGCUCAUCAUGUUCUUGUCGUCGAAG